UCUGGCAACACAAAACCAUUGAAAAUGGCAGCCGUUGGGAUUGGGCAAGCGACACUUUCAAUGCGUGAGAAAUCAAUUGUUAAGCAGGAGAUCAACAAGAACUACAACAGUAAUUUUACUGCCGGGUAUGUUCCCAUUUAUGAGAGCCGCUUGCACAAAACUGGGCUUCGAGGCCGCAAAGCACUUCUUUUUUAUGGCUUGGUGGUGGGUCUGUUCAUAGUGUCACUUGCAAACCUUGCUGUGACAGUUUUGCUUUUGGGUGUACUACGUAUCGGCUACGGCAUGGAAAGCCUCGAGUUCCUCCCCGGGCAACAUGUGCUAAGAUUCCUCAAUAAUGCCGAUCUAGGCACUGUUAUACCGCACCAGGGUGUUGUCAGCGGAUUCCAAGGCCAAGACCUGCGUGUCACUGGGGAAUCGCAACCCGUCAUCAUUCAGGCAGGCUCAGAAAGCUCUGGAAGGCACUCAGCCUCUGGGUCUCCCAGCUUGGAAGUGGGUCCUGAAUGGACAGUACUGAGCAGCGUGGAUGAGUUCCGAGUACGCAGCCCUACCACAGGGCGUACUGUCUUCUCAACAAAGUACCAGGGAUUCCAGUUGCCAAGAGGCAUUCCAAAUCUCAAUGUUAAGGAAGCCCACGUAUCUCGAUUGACAAGCGCGAAACGUGAUCCACUCAUCAUAUCGUCCCCAUAUCAAAUCUUGCUCAAGGGCAAUGGAGGGCUGGAAAUGGAGGGUCAAAAUGUUACCUGGGCAGCUGGGCAAAAUCUCUACCUCAAAAGUGUGAACCAAAGUCUGGUGCUUGAUGGCCCUCGUGGCAUUCGUCUGUCAGUGGACAAGCUCCCCAUGUCUGUGGCUCCGCCCCCGGAUGCUCCCUAUUGGUUCAAGCUCUGCGUCUGCUUGCCUUCUGGAAGAGUCUUCCGCGUCCCCGUGCGCGACAGUGGUUAUGGAUGUAAUGAUGUCCGCUUUCCGGAGAGUAUUAACCCUUGCAGUUGAAGGUAUGCCAGAUGUUUGUGUGUUACAGUAGGAGUUUGGCUUCGUAGCUUGCUAUAUGUACUUAACCUGUAUCACUGGAGUUAUAGUUAGCUGACUGAUGCUCCAUUGCCAGAGCGGUGCAUUAAGGAAAAACAGUGACAAGAACAAGCUUCCCUGUCAUGUAGCCUUGAACCACACGCACUGUCACAGACUGCAUUUACGGUUGAGUGCGCUGGUGCAUUUAUAGACUCUCCCCUUUUUUUAAUUGUUCCGCGCGGUACUGAUAAGAAAAAUGUAUUAUCUUGGCAGUCUAUUUUAGCGAUGGACAAAGUACUUCGCUAUCUCUGCUUAGUAGGUACGUACUAUCAGGCAUUAUACUUGAAGUACCAUACUGUAAAUGUACUUGAAGUAAAAUACAAAGUAGUACUACAACAUAAGCUACUUUAAAGGGACAGUCUUUACAGAAAUCACGGCCGAACGAGCUGUCAAAAACUUUUUUCUUAUGUGCAGACUCAUUGCAUAAAUUAUUUCAGUUAAAUUUGCAGGCGAUCAUUUAUGCAUAAUUUUACAGCGGGUGUGACAUUACUGUCCGUGGCUUCCAGUUUUUUUGUUCUACGAAGCAAUCAAACAAUCCCUUCGAGACCAGUUUCUCUGAACAGUCCUGGAUGAUCAUUAUUAAGGCCCUUCGUUUUCCGUGACUCCGCGAAAUUUCACAGAAUUAAUCGGGGAAUUCUUCGUUUGGCACAGAGUUUCAUGGAAUCCUUUAUUUUUAAGGGUGUGUGGAUAUUAGAGUUCUCUAAUUCGAAUCGAAUAUCAAUCUCUCGAAGUAUCCCCAUUCGCGAAUUGAAAUACCCAAUAGGGUUUCCGGAUAAUUUUGACUAUUCGCCGAAUACGAACGACACCUCCCGAAAGUGGGCUUUACCUGAUGCUACCCUGCAUGAGGUGAAGCCGCCCCUACAAAAUUGAAGCCUGCUUUACGAAAUUGUUUAUGCUGCAGGACAAAACAGACAGAUUGUAGUUUAGCGUAGGAUAACAUUAACUCAAGUUUAUUGUGUAUACUUCACCUGGGGAAGGGGCGGCGUCCCUCCCGUAUGCAGUUAAACGGUAGCAGUGGCAGAUUUUGAUUUGAUAUCUGGGAGGCUGCCUUCAAGAAGUUAAGACUUUUAAAUAAUGACUACAGUCCAAGAACAAAAAGAGGUGUACUAAAAAUGUAACUUCCCCAGGGCCUGUAUUGUAAACUCCUUCCUAUAAAGUUCCUGUGAACUCUGUAGAUGCUGGAAGAUCUUUCAGCAGGUGUAAAACGAUUUCAGGCGACAGACUGCAUCAGAUGAGAACACAAGAUAUCACGUAUGUAAUGCCGAGCCACAACAGUGCUUUGAAUCUGUAAUUUUAUAACAUAUUUUUUGUUCCCACAUUAUCCAAAAAAAUAAAGUGUCUCCCAUUUCAUGCAGCUAUUGACUGCUCGCCGCGGAAAAUCGCGAAAUUUACAAGUCAGUGCCGCGGAAUUUUGAAUUUGCCGCAGCAGAAAACAGAGGGCCUUAAUCAUUAUCUUGCUUGCCUAUCCUUGUGACGCCCACAGAGGUGCAGUAGCAUUUCACAGUGGAAGGAACUGUGUAGAGGUUCAUGAGAAAAAGUACAGAACUAAGUCACCACACUAUCUCUGUAACAACUUAGCGUGCAUGCAUAUUUUCGUAUUCCCAACUUUUAACUGUUGAACAAUCGGAAAAUGAGAGAUCUUAUGGUGCGUCAACAUUUCAAGCUGUAAAUGAUGCCCUUUUUCAGUAAUACCGCUUCCAGACACAAGAAUUGUUUUUUGAAAUCUUAAAUUGUUGUCUUUGCAUUUCCCUUUGGAUACUUGAAUAAUACUGGGCAGGAAAGUACUAGAGAGGAACUUAAAGACAGUACAAAGCACACAAUUUGAAAUGUACUUCAAGUAAAGUACAAGUGCGUACUCCAGUACGUGGUACUUCAAGUAUCAAGUGACUUAAGUGACCAAGUUAGGACCGUUCAGGACUACCUUGCUCUCCUUUUUCACACUUCUGGCUCGACUUGGUAUUGCAUCCGCCAGUUAAUUUGAUUUGUGAGAAUACAAAUGCAAAGUAUUUAACAUUCGUUGUCUCUAUGUUCUCGCUUAAUAUUUACUUGUCUGAAUGUGUGUGUGCCCUGUACCUAGCAUUGAAUUAUUUCAGUGACUUAAGGGUUGCAAAGUGUUUAUGAACAAUAAUUUAAGUGUGCUAGUUGAACAGUUCGUACUCUUGGCAAAAGUGUGGUCACUUCCUGGGGCACUGUUUGGCUUAUGGAAAUUUAUUUUACCAGGCAGAAGCAGCACAGUUAUGAAACUGAGCAUAGAUGAGUAAUGACACAUGUACGUUAUUAAUUUGUUUGAGUUUCUACUUUUGAAUAUUUCACUAUUUGUGAGGCAGUGCAGCAGUUAGCACUAUCUCAAGCAGCAAAACAUCUUGGCCCAAUAUUGGCACUGGUCUGGAUUGGAUUGCAUUGGAUUGAGAUUGGGUUGGACCAAUAUUGGUCCUCGAUUGCCAAUAUUGGUCCUCGAUUGCCAAUAUUGGGCCAAGAUGUUGUGCUUCAUAGGCCUACUGGACUCCAUUUUGUUCAUAAUGCAGGGAAGUGAGCUGUACCGUGCUGUACUGCACAGCACAUGUUCAGCUGGGCAGUAUUCAGUUACUUGACAUGCAUGUACGGACCAUGUUGCGUGGCUGCACAUGUGGGAAUAUACAGUGAAACCUCCCAUUACGGACACCUCUCCUGGACAGCUGGGUUUCCCUCGGCACGCUGUAAUUCUCUUACUUCAACACCUCCCUUCAGGGGACGAGAGUCCUGGGCCCGUGGGUGGCCGUACUAUAGAGAGGUUUCACUGUACACAGUGUAGAAUCCACAGCAAGUGGUCGUUAGAGCUUAAUUUCGUGGUCUUGGGAAAACCUGCAUAGCGUGUAUUUGCAUGGUAAAACCGGGUGUUAAGAAGGCAACUGUAGGGGUCCGUCAACCGGAAAAAUCUUCAAUCUGCACUGUAAAAUCUUGCAGUACACAGCGAUUAUUAGCUGUGUGAGCUGAGUCUCAUUUCUCUUGCUUGAAUAAAACAACGUUAGAAUGCUGAAAGGGCUUGUUGGGUGCAAAUGUAUGCAAGUGUAAACGUCAACAGUAACCUGUUAUGGCGAGAACAAAGGCAGUGGCAUGCUGCAUACCAUGGAUCUGUCAUGUUAGUCAUCCCCAGAGGAAAUCAAAUACAACAGUCACAGCAAGGAUGUGGCUGCACUGGAAUACAAAGCUGUAAAAAGGUACGCAUUGCUUUUGGUUUCAACAAAACACAAUCAAUACAAUGGAGGGUGAUAGUCUAUGAAUUGAAGGCAUUGACAAUAUAAGUAGUUUGCAGAUGGCUCAUGGUGGAUUACAAGGAACUUGCAUAACUGUGCUGUUCAAAGUUGUCGCUUCCUAUCCUAGUGACUCUGGGUACAUUGAUGUGAUGAACGACAUCCAGUACAGAUCCCCGCUCUCUCCCUUAGAACAUAGGUGAUCAUGUACACGGGCCAGGUGGAGUUUGUUGUGAGAAGCUUAUUGUGUUGGUAUAGCUAUAUAUAUAUAUAUUGUAUUUCCAUAGCUUGUGUUGAUAUCUUGUAGAGGAAGGCAGAAGGGCAUAAGGAUACACACUGUUGCAUUCAGCCACAGCUCCACAUUGGUAUUGCAUUCACUACCUAAAUAUGUAUGUUUUGCUCUGGGUACUGUAGUGAAGCAUAUUUAAAGUGGUUCCACAGGACAUCUGUUAUAGAAUAGUAGUGCCCUUUUCGCAUGGUGAACACCAUGGUGUAUAAAUAUAGUGAAUAUGCAUGAA